AUGGAGGAUGUGAUGGACAUCGAUGGUCCGUCCUACGAUAACUACACCCCGUCGUGGUACAUACCGAACGCCGACAACGACAUCAGGGCCAACAUUGGCCUGUAUAGCAACAAUAACAACACCACCACGACCACCUUCGCCCCCUCCCAGAGCGCGACCAAACGCAGCUACAGCGAGUACUCGGCAGACCGUGACAACAUCACCACACGCCUCAACCCAGCGUUCUCCCGCAACAGCGUCUUCUCACCACUUCUCAUCUUCUCACAAACACCACCGAAGCGCACCCCGCCGAAGGGAGGCCGACCACAACCAAGGUCUAUCCUGAAGAAGCGUGUCCCAUUCCACACACAAGCCAUCCCAGCCAUCGAGCCACAAGAGGAGGCACGCGACCCAUCGGCGCGUACUGUAAGCGGCAUGAUCACCACAAUCUAUACCACUGCCACGAGCUACUUCUCUGCACUGUGGGGUUACAUCACCAACACCAUCACCGGCGGUCAAGAGCAGCAGAACGAAGAUAUACGGGCCAUCGAGUCGAACUCGUCCGGCACCAAGAGGCGCGCCGUCUCGUCACCGUCGGCCGCCAUCUCAUCCCCACCAACCCUCACCACAGCACAGCAGCAAGUCACUUCACCAUCGGGUAUGCCAGGAAGCUUCCCGCAGACACAGACAGCUCAGCUGGAGACACCACCUUCCUCGCGCCCUAGCUCCUCCGGCUCUGACCAGGAGAAGAAGCACGACAGCCCGACGGAAGACGACAGCUCAAAGACAUCACAUCCGCCACAAGAGCAGGACGAUGCACCAUCUAACCCUCCUACCCACCACAGCGCGACAGAUAGCUACGGCGCUGCGCAGGUCAUGCCACAGACCAAGCAGAGUGCGACAGAUGGCCACGGCGCUACUCCGGUCAUGUCACAGACCCAGCAAAGCGCGACAGAUGGCCACGGCGCUACUCACAACUACCCUCGCAUCCGAAACAAGUACGCAUGCAUCACACCAUCAUCACCAUUGGACUCGGCACAGCCAUCAGAGCCAGUCGACUUUGUGUUGGGUCAAAUGCAGAAGAAGAAGUCUCGCAAAUCGAGACUACCGCCAGAGGCACGAAAAUGGAAACCACGACCAUAUUUCAGCACACAGAAAGCGGAAAGCUCCAGCACACCAGCGGAGAACAACCAGAACGGCGAUCCACCACGAUCGAUCACCGAAGCAGCCGUCAGGAAUAAGCUAAAAGAUCUCAUCGUCGAUGAGCGCGUUAAGAAGGUGCAAGUCGCCAUCGACAGCCCAGCGAGGCGCGAACUCAGCAGCAGCUGGAACGAUCGCAAGAAGUUGAAGGAGACGCAGAGGCGCGAAAAGGAGGCAGAAGAAGCAGCUCAACAAUGGGCGCGAGACGAGGAGGAAGCCAGACAGGUGGCUGAAGCAGAAGAUCUUGCAAGGCAAAUUGAGGAUGCAGAAAAGGGAUAUGAAUCUGAAGAGGCGGAGCCCAUCAUCCCCACACUAUCAAAGGCUUGGCAGGCCAGAGUGGACGAAGAGAUGUCCACCAAAGAUCACCGCAAGAGAAUCGCCACGGACGCCAGUGGUACUGACCUCACCCGCCACGACUUUGGAACUCUCAUCCCGCAGGCGGGAUCGAGGGACAACCCCUCAGGCUGGCUCAACGACGAAAUCGUCAACGCUUGGUUCGGGAGAAUCGUCGCAGCAAAACGAGACCCGAACAGCAAGGUCAAAGUGACCAGGCGAGGUGCACCAUCAUCUCACCAAGCACACUCAAGCAUGUGGUACAACACGUACAAGAACAGCGGCAUCUCCGGCAUGAAGGGAUGGUCGAGAAACUGGUAUCAGACCUCAGACCAAUUCUUCGCGACCGAGAAGGUGUACUUCCCCAUCAACACCGGCGCACACUGGACGCUGCUGGUCGUCUCCCCAAGAACUCGCUCGAUCGAGUAUCUGGACAGUCUGGGCGGGAACGGCGGCCAUUUCGUCCGAAUCGCGCGUGAAUGGAUCCAAAUGGAGUUGGCGAAAUUCAAACUCGACUAUGUCGAAGACGAGUGGCGAUACGCCCUCGAGUUCAAGAGUGGUCUACAGUGCAACAGCAACGACUGCGGCGCCUUUACCUGUCUCAACGGGAUGGCGAGUGCGCAAGGGCGUAAGGGUUAUGAGGCGCUGGGAGACUGUGAGAAGGAAUUGGGGAUGGGGGAUGGACGGCGCUUCAUGGCGGCCGUUCUCAUGAAUGGGGGUUUUCAGGGGGAGUUUUUGCUGUGA